AGAGGACGGAAAUGUCGGGAAUUGCUCCCUUCCUGUAUGUGCACCUCACCUUAGCGGUGCGCGUCUUUGCGUGACAAAGAGAAAGAUAGAGAGGGCUACGGGCGGGCGUCGCUUCUCCCACCGGACUAGAGCUGCAGCAGGACACGUUCGGAGGGUCUAGAGAGGACAGGAAGAGACAGAGGGGCGGCGUGGAACUCGACAGAAAAGAGGGUGGGACGUUCAAUUAAGUGUUUUUGCAGAUAAAAUUCUCUCUCACCAUGUGGGGAAGAUCUAAGAUGCUAUUCCACUAAACCAGGACAAGAGAGAGAGGCAGCAAGACAAAAUCAGAUCUUCUUUUGAAUCUUCCAUCAUUUGGAUAAGGAAUAACUCUUUUUCUGCACUGCUGUACAUGAUUGUUUUCGCAAGAAAACAGUAAAAGAAAAAGAAAAAUUGAGACUACACACUCCUUUUCUUGUGAAAUAAUUUUCUUUGACUUCUGACCCUUGACAUUUAGUCCUCAGUAUGAGCAGUAUGGUAGGAAAGCUAGACCCUCGGAGGGUACAGUGGGGCGCAAAAUGGAACACCUUUGCGUCCCGUGUCCUGAGGACCAAACCUGUGGAGUCCAUGUUGGAUUCGGCCAUGACCGGCACUAGCUCACAUGGUACUAGGCUGGCCCGUGUGUUAUCUACAGUGGACCUGGUGUCCCUGGGUGUGGGUAGCUGCGUUGGGACAGGGAUGUAUGUGGUCUCGGGGCUGGUUGCCAAGGAAAUGGCCGGUCCGGGGGUCAUUGUGUCCUUCAUUAUUGCCGCUGUGGCCUCAAUAUUGUCAGGAGUGUGUUAUGCAGAGUUUGGCGUGCGGGUGCCUAAGACCACAGGUUCGGCCUACACAUACAGCUAUGUGACUGUGGGCGAGUGUGUGGCGUUUUUCAUCGGCUGGAACUUAAUUCUGGAGUAUCUGAUUGGCACGGCAGCGGGGGCGUCGGCCCUCAGCAGCAUGGCAGACUCACUGGCCAAUCACAGCAUCAGCAACUUUAUGAUUUCACACAUCGGAACUCUCAAUGGCUUGGGUAAAGGGGAGCAGUCAUACCCAGACCUGCUGGCGCUGCUGAUCGCACUGCUGGUGACAGUGAUAGUUGCUUUGGGAGUGAAGAACUCUGUGGGCUUCAACAACGUGCUGAACGUCAUCAACCUAAUAGUGUGGGUAUUCAUGAUGAUCGCCGGACUUUUCUUCGUCAACGGAGAGAACUGGGACGAGGGGAGGUUCCUGCCCUUUGGCUGGUCGGGGGUGAUGCAGGGAGCAGCCACCUGUUUCUAUGCCUUCAUUGGAUUUGACAUCAUUGCUACAACAGGAGAGGAGGCCAAGAGUCCCAACACCUCCAUCCCCUAUGCCAUCACUGCCUCACUCAUCACCUGCCUCACUGCUUACGUCUCUGUUUCUGUGAUCCUGACUCUGAUGGUCCCGUAUAAUGAGAUUGACGCGGACGCCCCACUCAUGGAGAUGUUUGCCAUGCAUGGCUGUAUGUUUGCAAAGUAUAUCGUCGCGGUGGGCUCCAUAGCCGGACUCACUGUAUCCCUCCUGGGGUCCCUGUUCCCCAUGCCCAGGGUCAUCUAUGCCAUGGCGGGGGACGGCCUGCUUUUUAAGUUCCUGGCCAAUGUAUCUUCCUACACAGAGACCCCUGCUGUUGCCUGUGUAGUGUCAGGCUUUCUGGCAGCCCUGCUGUCCCUCCUGGUCAGUCUCAGAGACCUCAUAGAGAUGAUGUCCAUAGGAACCCUGCUGGCCUAUACCCUGGUAAGCCUGUGUGUCCUACUGUUGCGUUACCAACCUGAGAGUGACAUCCACGGCUUUGUGAACUUCCUCUCUGAGGAGCAGAACAGCAAGAGGAAGGAAGGCGUUCUGGCUGAGUGCGAAAAAGAUGCCUGUUCACCCACCAGCGAAGCAGAUGAGUAUGGAGAUCCGCCCACUAACACCUGUGGAGCCAAAAACCUGCCGUCACUGGGUGAUAACGAGAUGCUGAUAGGCAAACCAGAUAAAAACGCCUACACUGCAAGCCACCCAAACUAUGGCACAGUGGAUAUGACUACUGGCAUUGAAGCAGAAGAGUCCGAGGGCGGGAUGUCCCGGCGGUUGAAGAAGCUCAUUGGUCCACGCUACUACACCCUGAGGAUCCGAUUGGGUCUUCCGGGAAAGAUGGACAGGCCAACUCCAGCCACGGGGAAAACUGUCACUGUGUGUGUGCUGCUACUCUUCAUCAUCAUCUUCGCUUUCUGCUCUUUCAUCAUCUUUGGUUCGAGCACUAUUGGGGAGGGUCGCUGGUGGGCUUUGCUGCUAUUAAUUUUCUUCAUCAUCUUCAUUGCCCUGCUUAUCAUCAUCAUCCUCCAGCAGCCAGAGAACCCUAAGCGGCUGCCCUACAUGGCACCCUGUGUGCCCUUUGUACCUGCUUCAGCCAUGCUAGUCAACAUCUACCUCAUGCUUAAACUGUCUGCCAUCACCUGGAUACGAUUUUCAAUCUGGUGCCUCGUGGGUGUGCUCAUCUACUUUGGCUAUGGCAUGUGGAAUAGCACGCUGGAGAUCACGGCCAGAGAAAACGAGGUGCAUGCCUCCACCUAUCAGCGUUAUGAUCAAGGUGUGGACGAAGGCUUCUGUGGCUUUGACGAUGAUUUCUACCCGCCUACUACUGACCCCUGGGUUGCACCAGCCGGGGGAUCAGGGAUCACCCCGCCCCCUGAGGCAAAAUCCGAAAGUGACGGGAUGCCAUUGAAAGGUGGGGGCAGGACCAUUGCCAAUCACGGCCUCGCGGAGGAGGAUCCAAUGGAUUUCUGAAGGGACUGACUCUGUUACCCUGAAUGUACUGCCUUGUCUGCUGCCUGGGGGAAGUGAGGGGAACUGUUGCGUGAGUGCAUGAAUGCUUGUGUGUGUGUGUGUGUGCUUGUGUAUAUCUCUGCAUGUGUGUGUGUGUGUAUUUGUUUGUGUGUAAAACCCUUGGGCUAGAUAGUUUCUUGGCAGUGGAAUGGCUUUUCAUUCACCUUACUCUAACACGCUUGGCUCUCCAGCUCACACAGCAAAUGUGGAUGUCAAGGUCAUGAGUGUCUAGUCACAGUCACUUGUUAUUCACUUACUAGAGUUCACAUCCCACACAAAAAUAAUCCAGAUAGAAAAAUGCAGACGUAGCAGGAGAUAAAAUAUAAUGUGUCUCACUGCACUGUGAACCAUGACACAUUGUGCAUUAAGCAAUCAGUUAACUGUUUAUAAGUAUGAAUUUACGGGAUACAGGAGAGGACAAGGUGAUGAGCGAGGAACAGAUGAAUAAGCACCUCUCUUCCUGUUUCAGCAUAGACAGACAGGAAAGUGAGAUGACAGAAUGCCAAGCCCAAGCUACAUCCUAUGUACAGGUCUGAAUUUCUCUGCUUGUUUUAUUUUCAACAGACAGGAAAACAUGCUCUCAAAAACACAUAACACUUUCUUUAAAAUCCAAAACUGCUUUCUGUCUGUCUUUAAAUAUUUCCCCUAGGCCCUAACAUCUAGCCCAAGGGAUUCAGAAUUACACUGGGAAGAGGUUGUUGAUGUUCUCUGUCACAAAUAGUACUUGGACUUUGCUUGCAAUAGUGCCUUCAUCUACUGUAUGUGUAUGUGAGUUUCUGAUUAUGUCUGUUUUUCUACUAUAAUUUUGCCUGUGUAUGUGUCAGGGUGUAUGUGCAAUCAAACUCCACCUUUUACAUUGAUUCUCAUGUCUGUGUAUGUAGAUAUAAAGUGUGUUCUUCAGGUUGUU